AUGAGUACACUAGCAGUGUACAGGAACGUCUACACGGAAGAGCAGUUUCAGAAGGUGUACGGCACAGCUAAGGAUUUGGAGAGGUCUCCGCUUACUUUAAAAGAGAAGUUAGCCAGGAGCUGUAAAUGCUCAACUCAUAGACUACACACUCUACUAAAGCAUAGGAUCCCUAUUGUAGGCUGGUUACCCAGGUACAAACUGAAGAAAUGGAUUCUGGGAGAUCUGGUUGCAGGCUUGACGGUUGGCAUAGUGCACAUCCCACAAGGAAUGGCCUUUGCUCUGCUGACAUCUGUGGCUCCAGUGUAUGGACUUUAUACAUCUUUUUUUCCGGUUCUACUGUACAUGCUACUUGGAACAGGACAUCAUGUUUCUACCGGUACCUUUGCUGUGGUAAGUCUAAUGACUGGCUCAAUUAUUGAUGAACAUCUUUUUGAGAACCCAUUGGACAGAAACCUCACCAGUGAGGAGCAAUCAGAAAUAUAUGCUAAGAGAAUCGGGAUGGCUGCUGCUAUUGCCUUCCUAAUGGGGCUUAUAAUGGUUAUCAUGUUUGUUCUACAGCUGGGUUUCCUAUCCACGUACUUGUCUGAGCCUAUAGUGAAAGCUUUCACCAAUGCUGCUGCUUUUCAUGUCACCAUUUCUCAGAUUCAGAACAUGAUGGGACUACCUCUCCCACGGCCCACUGGAUCCUUUGCCAUUUUCAAGACACUGGUAUCAGUUUUUCGAGCUGUCCAUAUGACGAAUAUAGCAGAGUUGAUUAUAUCCAUCCUCUGCUUAGCAGUGCUGAUACCUAUCAAAGAACUUAAUGUUCGAUUUCGAACCAAGCUCCGGACACCAAUACCGGGUGAAAUUAUUAUGGUUCUGCUAACUACUGGAAUUACUUUUGCUUCUUCUCUGGACAAUCGAUAUAAGGUGCAGAUAGUAGGAAGUAUACCAGCAGGUUUUCCAGUCCCCAAGCUCCCUACACUGGAUAUUAUACCUAAUGUGAUUGGAGACACAAUUGCCAUUACAUUUGUGGGUUAUGCCGUGUCUGUAUCACUUGCCAUGAUCUAUGCUGAAAAACAUAGAUAUAGCAUUGAUCCAAACCAGGAGCUGUUGGCUCAUGGAAUAUCCAAUAUGGUCUCUUCCUUGUUUCACUGCUUUCCCAGCUCUGCUACUUUGGCAACAACAAAUAUUCUUGAAAGUGCUGGAGGUCAUACCCAGCUUUCAGGUUUCUUCACCUGCAGUGUGGUUUUCAUUGUAUUGAUGUGGGUUGGUCCUCUCUUCAACUACUUACCAAAGGCAGUACUUGCAUGUAUAAAUGUUGUGAGCCUCAGACAGAUGUUUCUACAAUUCCAGGAGCUUCCAGAAUUAUGGAAAAUCAGCAAGACUGACUUUUCUGUGUGGGUGGUCACAUGGUUGGCCGUAGUCAUUCUUAAUGUGGAAAUGGGACUUGCUGUCGGUGUAGUUUUCUCUAUGAUGACUGUAGUUUGCAGAACGCAAAGAGCACAGUGUUCAGUUCUGGGAAGAGCCAUCAAUACAGAAAUAUAUCGACCCAUUGAACAAAAUGACAAGUGUUUUGAAAUCCCAGGCGUGAAGAUCCUGUCUUAUAACUCCCCCAUUUACUACGGCAACAGGGACAUCUUUAAGGAAACAAUGAGCAAGAUCGUGGGGCUGACACAGGAAAAGAUUAGGAGGAGAGAGAAAGCCUUGAAGGCCUUAGAACAAGGCAGGAAGAUGACUGUCUCAGUUGUGGAUUCAGGAAUUGCAAACCCAGUUUAUAACCCAGACGGGUGUGACAUAAAGCAAGAACAAGACACUGAGAUCAAGUCACUUAUUAUUGACUGCAGUGGGAUUAUAUUCAUUGACUUUGCUGGAGCUCGUCUGUUUAUACAGAUGUGUGUUGAGUGUCAAAAGGCUGGUAUGCAUCUGCUCCUUGCUGGAUGCAAUGCUAAAGUGCUUAGAACGUUGGUCUCUAUCGGUAUCAUGGAUCUCCUCAGUGAACAGCAAGUCUUUGUAACUGUGCAUGAUGCUGCGUGUUAUGCUGAGCAGAAUAUGGACAGUCUAACAACUAAGAGCCCAAUGGUGUGGGUAUAAGAACCUACUUUCCUGAGAACCUGGGUGGAAGCAACACAAGUCUUCUAGAUCUACACUAGAUGAAAAGACCUACCUGGAGAUAAGAAAGGACUUCCAUACAGUAGCUUGUAUCUCAUGUUUUACAACACAACUGUUGGAUCAAGGUUUAUGGGACUGAGGGUUAUGGGGCACUUACAUCGGAUGCACAGACGGCUCUUAGGUUAUAAAAUGAACCUUGCUCAUUUUAUGACGGCCACAAACGUAACUAUUUUCACCGUCAGACAUAACCGGGCUGUGCCAUUGGGUAGGAGAAACUUGCUCUUCUUCAGCAUAGUUGCCCAUUGUCUUGUGGACUUUACUUUAUCACUGGAGAAUAUUUUCAUGAUACUUGUUCAUCCUGAAUGACAAACAAUCUUUAAAGUGAAACAACACAUAUGUAUCAUAACUGAAUCCUAUAUCUUAUUGAUGCUAAAGAGCACUGAAAGUUCUAAAGUUAAUAGAUAUGAACGCUUUUGCAACCAUUUUUAUUACUUUAAUGCAUAAAAAAAUUUAUAAAUAAAAAAACCUGAAUUUCUACAGCUCCUAUACAGACCUUUGUGUUGCAAAGGCCUCAAAUUACCAAACAACCACUGCAAUCCAAUCCAGCAGUCAUGUAUUGGUUACUUUCAUCUGCCUCAUCUUCUUGCUAACCUACAGACAGUACAAAUGAGUAAAAAUAUAGACACAUAGGUCUGCAUAAGAGCUGUAUACACAAAUCUAAGAAAAAGGAUUGUAUAUAUCAUUUCUAGGACAAGAAUCUUUUUCGUAUCUGCAUAUGAUGACCGGCAAUAAAACUUUUUGCACUGCUCGGAAGUUAUGAGCUGAACCCACUGACUAUUUGACAGGGGGUUGUAUCAUACAGAAGACACCCACUUGAAAGUUCCGCAAUAGUGAUCACAACGUGUAGAGUGCAAUCUGAUAGGUGCCGCACCUGUCAGGGUCCCAAUGGGAACCACCAUGAUGCAAUAAAAGAAUACCGAUUGUUAACCAUGGCAGCCAGAAGCCUUCAGAAGAUCUCAAUACCUGCCAUUUCAACUUUACUUACACAGCCUGUCUCAGGCAGGCUGUACUAGCAGAACACUGAUCAGUGUAAGCAAUCUAAUGAUUGCUUAUGAAAAUCCCCUAUGGGAACUGAAAAUGUGUUUAAAAAACAGAAGAAAAAAAAAGUAGAAAAAGAAAACAAUACCCCCAUAAUUAAAACCUAAAUCACCCUCUUUUCCCAUUUUUUUCCAGUUAAAAAAUGUAAACAAAUAAAAGUAAAUAUAUUUGGUACUGCUAAAUGUGUAAUGUCCAAGCUAUCAAAAUGUAAUGGUUACCAGUAUCAAAUCACUUCCCAGGUAAAAUGGAAUAAAAAUUGAUCAAAACGUCUGAAUUAUCCCAGAAUGGAAGCAAUAACAGUGCAAAAAAUGAGUAAAAGUAAAAAAAAAAAAAAAAAAAAGUUAUAAAAUAUGGUGAUUCAAAACAUUUAAAAAAUUACUAUGGUGCAUCACUUUGCACUGUGCGUAUUUUAUCACGAAAGCAUCAGAGGUACCCUUUAAAGGGGUACUCCGCCUCUAGACAUCUUAUAAGAUCACCCCGCAGGGUCACCCCGCAAUCUCAGCUGCAGCAAGCCCGACAUCCGGUGCACGGAGCGAACUUUACUCCAUGCUAGAUGACUUGUGAUGCGGGGCGAAGGUUUGUGACGUCACAGUCAUGCCCCGCUCGUGAUGUCACGACCAUGCCCCCUCAAUACAAGUCUAUGGGAGGGGGCAUGACAGCCGUCACGCCCCCUCCCAUAGACUUGCAUUGUUUUUUCAGUUUUGUAGUACUUUAUAUGGU